AUGACUUUGUUAGAUCAAGAGUUGGCCGAUGAACUUAAUCUUUCUGGACCCAUCAACCCACUCGGUCUUCGUUGGACAGGAGGUACAGAACGCUGCGAAAAGAAUUCACGGGUUAUAGAUCUGCUUUUAUCUGGUACCCACAGCAACGCCAAGGAAUAUCAGCUAUGCGGUGUACGUACGGUCAAGGAGCUCAUGCUACCGUACCAAUCACUCGAUAUGGAGCACAUGGUUCAGCGAUAUCCACACUGCCGUAAACUGCCCAUAGAUUCCUACGACAACAUCCGCCCCCGAAUUCUCAUUGGUUCAAAACACGCUGCAGUGGGGCUAGUACUGAAAAGCAAGGAAGGGACCAUGGAUGAGCCGAUAGCUGUUAAGACUCGGCUUGGGUGGACAGUAUAUGGGGGAUACAACGACGCAACAUCGUCAAGCUUCGUCCACUAUUCCUUUCAUGUAUCUGAAAGCGAUACUCAACCCGAUGAACACCUGCAUCAAAUAGUAAAAGACUAUUUUGCCCUGGAAAGUCUUGGUAUAUCAAAGACAGGCAGUGAACUUCUUUCUACAGACAACCAGAGAGCUGUAACCCUUCUGCAAAAUCUCACCAAAUUUACCGGAACGCAAUACGUAACUGGUUUACUGUGGCGGUACGAUGGAGUUCGUCUACCUGACAACAAGGAAAUGGCCCUUCGUCGAUUUUUCAGCCUCGAGAAACGAUUGCGGAAAGAUCCAGAGUUGGCCGUUGCAUUGCAUCAGAAAAUUCUCGGCAAAUUGCAAACAAAGAUAGAUAGUGAUAAAAUUCUUAAAGAGUUCGUGAGUGCCGACACCAGCUGGACAUUUAAUCCUCCAUUAGCUCCUCAUAUGGGUGGAGGAUGGGAGCGACUCAUCCGGAGCUUGAAAAGAAACAUGAUGGCAAUCUGUCCAUCUAGAACGCCCUCCGAAGAAGUUUUGCGGAAUGUGUUUGCAGAGAUCGAAAAUACGUUAAAUUCACGUCCACUAACCCAUGUUCCCGUAGAGGACGAUGCAUCGCCUGCCCUCACACCUAAUCAUUUUUUAUUGGGAUCAUCGAAUGGCACCAAGCCACUUGUGUCGCUCAAUGACAGCGGGGCGCUGAUGAAACAAAACUGGCGGACGUCACAGGCUUUAGCAGCCCAGUUUUGGAAGCGUUGGUUGUCCGAAUAUCUUCCAGAUAUCACUCGUCGUACGAAGUGGUAUACGGACACAAAGCCUAUCUCUAUGGGCGAUAUUGUAAUCAUUGUAGAUCCUAGCCUUCCACGAAAUUGCUGGCCCAAGGGAAGGAUUAUUAGUACCAAUGUCGGCAGAGAUGGACGAAUUAGGUCAGCUACAGUGAAAACGGUAAGCGGUGUCUACGAAAGGCCGGUAACAAAAUUGGCAGUGCUGGACGUGCGACGCGAUGGAGAAUAA